AUGCUGAUUUCAUUGAUCUUUCUUCAUCUUGAUGCUGAUGUUGAAAAGAUGCAGGCUGUGAAAGAUGCAUUCAAAUUUGCAUGGGAUGGAUAUAAAAAAUGUGCCUAUGGCCAUGAUUUUCUUAUGCCUAAGACAUGCAACGCAAGUCAUUGGUUGAAUGGUACCAUAACACUUAUUGAUAGUCUUGAUACACUAUAUUUAAUGGGUUUUCAUGACGAAUUAGAUCAAGCAAUUGAAUAUUUAGAAACAAAUUACACAAAUCAAGCAUCAGGUUCUGUAUUUGAACUUAUUAUUCGUAAUGUUGGAGGAUUGGUAUCUGCAUAUGAAUUAACUUCUCGUCCAAUUCUCCUAGAUCUUGCAAUAAAUUUUACGAAAUCUCUACUAAAAGCAUUUGAUACUCCCACAGGAUUACCAAUGCCAAAUAUAGAUACAAGGUCUGGUAAAGCUUCGACAUGGGGAUAUGCUCCUCGCUCUACUUUUUUGGCCCACGCUGGAUCUUUAGCGCCUGAGUUCAUGGCAUUAUCUGAACUUAGCGGUGAUGAUACAUUCAAAAAUGUGUCUGAUACCAUUAUGAAGUUCUUUUUCGACCAGCAGCGUUUCCACGGUCUUUGGCCACAUCGAAUUGACUAUUCUACAGGGGUUUUCGGGGACAUUGAUAUCGGAUUUGAUGCAUACGGAGACUCUUUCUACGAAUACCUUUUGAAAUUAUAUCUUCUUACGAACAAAAAAUGCGUUUCAUGCGGAACUCUUUAUUCUAUGAGCAUUCAAGGCAUGAAAGACUUUCUCACACGUCAUACAGCAGAAGGAAUAUACGUAGGUACCAUACAACAUGGUUUAAUCGAUGAUACAAUCACUCAUUUGUCAUAUUUCAUUCCCGGAAUGCUCGCUUUAGGCUCAUCGUACAUCAAUCAAGACGAUUUAGAUUACGCUAUUGAUAUUACUAAGACUUACGAGAAAUGGUAUUCAACAAAAUCAAAUUUAUCUCCAGAAUCGUUUUCUCUCAAGACAUAUCCUAUGAAAAUCAUUGAUCCAUCAUACAAACUACGUCCGGAAUUCAUAGAAAGUCUUUUUUACCUUUACAGAUUCACAGGAGAAAAUCAUUACCGCGAAAAAGGCUGGGAGAUCUUCCAAAGCAUUGUUAAAUACUGUAAAACAGAAUACGGAUUCGGGACACUCAUAGAUGUUGAAAAUCCUGAAAAAGGAGUUGAAGAUAUCCAAGAUUCUUUUUUGUUGUCAGAAACAUUCAAAUACGCGUACCUGUUAUUCGCAGAUUCUGAUACAGUUAAUCUUGACAAGUUUGUUUUUACAACUGAAGGCCACAUUUUGAGGAAAUUUAAUGAGAAGUGGAUUGACGAGAAAUACAAGAAUGAACAAUGGUUUUAUGACUUGGAUGAGGUUGUUAAACCUUUCAAGUCCGUAGAACUUUAA